AGCUGAGCACUUGGACAUCAAAGCGGUGGUGUGUUGUUCCCUCUUCAAGCUGAGAAGAAUGUCAUGGGAGAAUGACCCUGCGAGAGGCCGAUGUGGCCUCAGGACGAUGUGGAGCCACCUGAGAAGAGAGAUGGAGCUGCUGUGAUGGCUUGAAAUGUACUAUACCGCCACCCGCAGGACUGGAGUCAAACAUCACAGUGCAGGACGUCAGACCUUUUGAAUCAAAGAGCAUAUUUAGUUCUUAGCAAAGAUGUGGUAAGACCAGAAUUUUACCUCAUCCUACAAAAUGAUCUUUUUACGGAGCCCAAAUAGGCCUUACCAUUCAUCAGAGGUCACGCAGAUAGACAGGUAGCUCUUUCCUAGCCAUCAAUCUUGGCCCCGAGCUGAUGGGAGGCUGUGCGUUCUGAGAGCGGGCUUGCUCAGACUCAGACCGUCUCGUCGCCCCGACAAGAGGUCUUGCCAUGAUAUGUCAUCAGCCAUACACCAACAGCUACAUGUAAGGAGGCCUGUGGCACAUAAUGGGGUGACAGUUUGCUGCUGAAGGCCAAUCAAGAGAGAGCGAGAGAGAGAGAGCUUCCAGACAGAAGACAUGCCAGUGAAGCUCUGCGAGCAGGAGGUGUUUGACGAGCCAUGUCAGAUCCUCUCCUGAUGUUUGCUUCUUUUGCUUUUACUGGAUUUCUUUGGAGCCUCCAGCUGCUGUGGACAUGAAACGGAGAUUUAAAGAGAACAUCUUUCCUUCCGAGGGUGGAAUUUUAGUGCAGGUUCUCCAACAGAACUCAUGAAAGCAUCUUCUUCAUUGUGUGGACUUGCUCAGGAUGUCUAUGGCUCUCAUGCCUGACACUUUCAAUGGCCCGACGGACGCGUCCAAAUCUGCAUUUCUAGAGUUCGGACACGGACACCCGGCUCACCAGCAGCGCUCCCCCGGGCUGCCGCAUCACAUUUACCCCGUGCACGGCUUGCACGCUGCCGGCCAUUCGCAGCACGACGGCUCCUUCCCGGCCAGCGCGCCCUAUGGCCGCUCCUUGGGUUACGCCUACCCCGGCGCCGUGAAUCCUCAUCCAGCGUCUGCUUACAUGUCCUACCAGCACAGCAACAGCAGCCCCGGCAGCAGCAACAGCAGUUUGAGUCUGCACGGCAGAUUAGAGCACGCAGAUCACGACAAGUCAACUGCUCUUGAAAACCGGGACGUUCGUUUAAAUGGCAAAGGGAAGAAAAUCCGCAAACCCCGAACCAUCUACUCGAGUCUGCAGCUCCAAGCUCUGCACCAGCGCUUCCAACAGACCCAGUACUUGGCCCUCCCUGAGCGCGCGGACCUCGCCGCCAAACUGGGACUCACUCAGACCCAGGUGAAAAUCUGGUUUCAAAACAAACGCUCCAAGUACAAAAAGAUCAUGAAGCAUGGAAGCGGACCAGAAGGGGAACACCUAAGCAGCACCAGCUCAGCCUCCCCCUGCUCCCCUCAUGGGAUGCCCCAGCUUUGGGAUGUGUCCAUGCAGGCGAACAAAGGCGGAGGCCCGGUGUACCCCAACAAUUACAUGAACACUUUGGGUCACUGGUACCCCAACCAGCAUGCCCACCAGGACGGCAUAUCCAGGCAUCAGAUGAUUGGCGGACAGCUGCUGGAAGGUUUUCCAUCGUCGCGUUGGCCUGGCCACGGAGCUCUCGACCUCCACCUCAACCCGCGUUGUUGCCCCCCCCCAAGAGACAAGUGCUGACACCCCGCUGCUGCAUGAAGGAGGUACACCCAUAAGAAGACUCUCUGUUGUUUGAAGCUUCUCUGGCCCCAACGCCAAGCUGAAAAACAGGUGCCACUGGACAGUGGGAGAGUUCCGAGCCACGCCUUCCUCCUCGGGGCUAUACAUUCCUGGGCUUUGCACGAACCCGAGACCUGAAGAGCAGCAAGACCUCAUGAGGGUCGCAAAACCCCCUCCCAUGCAGCCAUGUCCUUCAUAUUUCAAGACACAGACUAGGCUGGCGUGCAGCGUCCUCCACGUUCACACACGAAUUUCAUCCGUGCCAGCCGGUUCCAGUUACAACGGG